AUGAGCACGUUUAACCCAGUCGAUCUCUGGAAGCACUCUUUGUUAAAUAGUAAAGUAUCAUCUGCGGGAUCUGACGUCAAUACAACGCCAUUGUUCCUUACGUCGCCUAUAAUUUCAUCGUUUUCGGGUGAUGCAAACUAUUUGCGAAAAGUUUUCAAAGCAUGGCCGAUUAAAUUGGAAAAAAAAGCUGUGUUUUGGCCAGCACAUGCUACGUUUAUAGCUUGCGGUACUGCUGGCGUUAUAAUUGGAAUUCGUGUCAAUUCUUAUACUUUUCUUGGAAAUGCAAAUCAUUCGUACUUCAAAAGUUUGCGAAAGUGUCCAAGACUGACCUGGUUGAUUGCUCUCUACAGUUCUGGCCUUUUUUAUUUUGGUAUUAAUGAAAAUACUGUUUCUAGAUAUUUGUACAGUCAUGGCGAUCUUUGCAACACAUGUCUAGUUUUGGGCAGCAUAACAACUGCAUUGUUAGGUGGACUCUGUUUCCCAAUGCUUUCAACACCCUAUUUGACUGCAGCUGCAGCUAUACUUCAAGGAGAUGAUAAUGCAAUACCGAAACUAAGGAAAACUAACAACUGGCUGAGUUAUUUAUUUCGAUGGAAAGUAGGUGUUAAUGCCUGUCGAGGAAUUCUAUUACCAAUAACCCUUGGAUUGAGUGCCGUUUCUGGUAUUUCCAUGUAUAUUAGGCUCUGGGGCAGACAGAGGAUUAUGGAUACACUUUCUGUGGAGCCAGGAUUUGUUGCAGAAGUAGAUGAAUAA